CAUCCUUCCACGACACAACAGUGUUUGACGGGUUGGCGCGAAAGUAGAAAUGAUAGACCUUUAACGACCCAAAACACAACCUCUCUCUUUCUCUCUCUCGCUCAAUGGAUUUUCAUUAGACAAACCUUGACCUCAACAGAACCAGAAAUCAAUGGCCUUUCAUUUCCUUUUCAACAGAAGAGAUGGAGAUUUCAAUGACAAAACAAUAGCAGCCAACGAAGAUCAAGGAGCUGCCUUCGAAGUCUCCAAUAGAUCGCAGCUCUCCGCCAUGGCGGAGGCGUUUGAACAACUCUCAAGAUCGGUCAACAAAUCUACCAGUUCCGACGACGAUGACAAUGACGACGAUCUCCUCCAAUUGAAACCCUUCUGCGAUGCCUGCUCUCUCGUCUCCGUCCUCUUCGGUUGCCUCGGCAUCGCCUUCAAAUUCGCCGAAUUUGAAUACUGCGGCAAGGUGCGUGAUCUUGUAGAAGCAUCAAAGAGAUAUAGCUGUUUAAAUAAUUUACUCGAUGUUGAUGUCAAAAAUGAUACAGUGAGAACACCCGGAAGCCUUUCACGUAAUCUGCGCAGAGUUAGGCAGGGUCUUGACCUCAUUAGAGCUUUAUUUGAAAAUUUUUUGUCUUCAGACUAUUGCACUUUGAAGGACGCAGCGUCUACAGCUUAUGCACAAGUUUGUGCGCCAUACCAUACAUGGGCAGUCAGGACAGCAGUUUCUGCUGGAAUGUAUGCUCUUCCAACAAGGGAACAACUUCUGCUGAAUCUAAAUGAAACAGAUGAAUCAGCAGAGAAGGAAAUGAGAAGGAAAUAUCAGCCAAGUUCAUCCUGUGUUUCAAUGUUAGUCAAGAAUGUUACAAGGCAUUCUGAAUUUGCUGCCCUGAAGCAAUCAUUCAGACUUCGAAGCCAACGAAUUUUCAGUUAGUUUGACUUAAUUCAUUCUACCCAAAUUGUAGCAGCUCCAAGGGUAAAUGAACUUGAGCACCCCACACCGGUUGUUGCCGAGCAUUCUUAGCAUAGAUGGCAGAGUCAGUAACAAAAAUUUAUUUGCAUUGGAAAUUUUCAGGAAAUAUGUACACUUGUUUUUUUUCUUUUUUGUAUCCGAAUUCAUUCGUUUGCUUGUACAUGAAAAUUUACUUCCAAAGAAAGAUAUUUACACUACAAUGGAUUCCUCUACAUUGAUUGUCAAUUAAA